ACCAUUUUCCUUUACUAUAUUCUUCUUUCUCAAACGGCUAAGUCAAGCAAGAAGAAGAUAGAUAGAUAGAUAGAUAGAUAGUUUCUCCUUCAUCUCAUUUCACAACACAUAACUUUCUUCUUUUUGUUUUUGUGGUCCACUUUACUCCAUACACAAACUCUGCAAUUUCUAACAAACAGAACAUAAUAGGAUCAUGGGUUGCUUUGGAUUCUGCAAAGAGAAUGAUGCUUAUACUACUGCUGACAAAGGAAUCUUCAUGCAAACCAAUCCUAACGGCGGGAACACCAGUUAUCAUGGCAGACACACUGCAGUAACUGUUCCUCGGCACAUAAAUCUCCAACCUAUUUCUGUUCCUUCUAUUACAGUAGAUGAACUGAGGUCUUUGACAGAUAAUUUUGGUACAAAAACUUUCGUUGGUGAAGGUGCAUAUGGGAAAGUGUAUCGUGCCACAUUGAAAAAUGGACGUGAAGUGGCAAUUAAAAAGUUGGAUUCCAGUAAGCAACCAGACCAAGAAUUUCUUUCUCAGGUCUCCAUCGUAUCAAGGCUAAAGCAUGAAAAUGUUGUUGAGCUUGUUAAUUACUGUGUUGAUGGUCCUUUGCGUGCCCUUGCAUACGAGUAUGCUCCUAAUGGAUCCCUCCAUGAUAUUCUACAUGGACGCAAAGGUGUCAAGGGUGCAGAACCUGGUCAAGUUCUUUCAUGGGCUGAAAGAGUUAAAAUUGCUGUUGGAGCAGCCAGAGGACUUGAAUAUCUUCAUGAAAAGGCAGAGGUUCAUAUAGUCCAUCGUUACAUUAAAUCCAGUAACAUACUCCUAUUCGAGGACGGCGUUGCAAAGAUUGCUGAUUUUGAUCUGUCAAAUCAAGCCCCUGAUGCUGCCGCACGUCUUCAUUCUACCCGUGUUCUUGGAACUUUUGGUUAUCAUGCUCCAGAAUAUGCAAUGACUGGAAACCUCUCUUCAAAGAGUGAUGUUUACAGUUUUGGAGUUAUACUGUUGGAACUCUUAACCGGGCGUAAACCUGUUGAUCAUACACUUCCCCGAGGACAACAAAGCCUUGUGACCUGGGCAACACCAAAGCUUAGUGAAGAUAAGGUGAAGCAGUGUGUUGAUGUUAGAUUAAAGGGAGAGUACCCUUCGAAGUCAGUUGCAAAGUUGGCUGCUGUUGCUGCACUGUGUGUUCAAUAUGAAGCUGAGUUUCGACCAAAUAUGAGCAUCAUUGUCAAAGCUUUACAGCCUCUAAUGAAUAAUACUCGUUCUUCUCAACCAAGGGAACCACGCAACUUGUAAAUUCACAAACCAAAGCCAGCAUUUCUUAGAUUGUGUUAAUGACAAUUGACUCUUGUGACUCAAGUGUUGAAAGUAUCAGUUGUAGUAUUUAUUUUACCUAACAUUUAUUUAUAUUUCAAGUAAGCAUAUUACUAAGAAAAUAGUGAUUGGUAGUUGAGUCUCUGGUUUUGAAUGCUUAUGUUGCAGUGUCAUGUUUUUGUUGCAACAUCAUGUACAAGUGAAUAUAUAUUAAAAUGAAAUUCCAUCCCAAUGCAAGGGGAAUUAUCGAGAA